CAUAUGUGUUCCAUUACCUGUACAGUACAUCGUGAACUGGUUGUUCAGGAAUCGGACCUCGCCAGUAUAAUUCAUAUCCUAUUCUAUCGUAUUCCAGUGUUACAUAGUCCUAUCGCAUAAUGAUAUCGAUGCACUUGGUUAUGGAAGCCAAACUGGGGCCCGUUCAGCGCAAAAUUUCAUCACAGAAAGCAUCAGCAUGUAACUAGGCUGGAAGUGCAUGGCUAUUUCAGCAUCUCAAAUAUAUUCUGCAAGAAUUUUCGGAAGCCAAAGUCUUGAAAUCAUCGAAGAUAUGAAUCACAAGGAGGCUCUACAUCCGAAUUUUAGCCUUCUGUCACAAAUUUUCAGGAUAUACUUCGUUUGAAUCCAUUCACCGCCAUGAAUAAAUCACCCUUCCUGAUCAGUUUCUCCAGCCUUCCGCCGAAAUAGAUCGUUAUAACGUCGUGGAAAUGAUUGCUAUGGUUUACUUGAGAGUCUCAUAUGCUGGCCCUCAUACUCGCAGUAGUAGCGGCACUUGCUACUGAAGCUCAGGCACAAUCCCCGGCGUAUGGACAGUGCGGAGGCAUAGGAUGGUCUGGGCCUACUACUUGCGUCUCCGGAUACACCUGUGUAGAGACAAACACUUACUACUCACAAUGUAUCCCUGGAACUGCCACUUCCACACCCACUACGAGCAUCGGGAGCUCGACAACGGCUACCAGCACAUCUACAGGAGCCACGCCUACUGGAUCCCAAAUACGUUCUGAUCAGGACCCGACAUACCAUUUCUAUCUUCAGAACAGCAAUGGUACAGCUGUUCUCGGCCCUGAAUCAUCCUCUGGCUACUUCACGAUUGGGACUACAAUUUCUCUCCCCGGAGACGAUGGCACGACACUCUAUUUGAAUGUCGACACCUCCGAUACGACAGUUAGCUAUCAAGCUUUGACUUUCGGGCCCACAGCAGUGACAACUGACUGGGGACUUGAGGGCGAUACGAUCAUUGAGACUGAUCCGCGACAGCUCAAUUUCCUCAACUGUGCGACGAGUGAUGCUACAGUAUAUAGUUUGUACUUGCAGACGGGAAAUGACUCUCCGUCGGGGCAGACGUGUUCAUUAACCUCCUUGCACUUGGACUGCUUGUGCUAGGUGAGGUACCGAAAAAUUUGUUUACGUUGAGAUAAUAUGACUGUCUAACCGACUUGAUGACAAUUGGCAAUUGGAGAGGGAUCGGGAAAUGGAAAGAAAAGAUCAGAAGAGUUGUGAUGCAGGCUUUGAUACGACUCACUUAUAGCAUGAUAUAGCGCAACAGACUUGGUGA